AUGACGGGCGGCUGCCCGCCGGCGCGGGUGAUCAAGGGUCACAUGUCCCAGGAGGAGUAUGAUGCCCUUGGCUACCCUUCCAUCCCGGCGGAGUGGACGAGGGAGUGGAUGAUGCAGCAGAUCGAGCUGGAGAAGGUGGACCCCCGGGUGAACCCAAACCUCCUGCUGGAAGAGACCGACCAGGAGUUCUGGGACAAUAUGUCCCGGAAGCCCUACGCCAAAGCCAUCCUGAAGUCCGAGCGGCACUGGACACAGCGCCGGAGGCUUUGGAUCCGGCAGUACGAGCAGGUGGAACUGGCCAACGCUCUGCGCCAGGAAGUGGUCGCAGAGCUGGAGCUUUGCGCGCCGGAGGUGAAACGCCUGGUGGCGCCCAUCAUGAAGUACAAGAUCACAGAGGUGGCCCUGACCACUUUGCUGCGGACCGCGCGGAAGCAGCGCCGGGCCUUUCGGGAGCUGCUCGCCACGCCCGAGGAGGUCCACAAGUUCCACUCCCUGCGCCUGCGCCUGGACGAGGGCGGAUCUCAGGAGGCCCAGCGCCUGCUGGACGAGUACACGGUGCGCGUGGGCGACAGGGCCAAGGAGCUGCGCAGGGACUCGGAGCCCGAGGUCGCGGAGCUGGACACGGAUUCCAUGGCGAAGUUGAUGAGCCAGGCCCAGAAGCUGCGCAAGGACGGCUACAUCGAGUGGCACAAAGGUGCGAUCGAGGAGGCCUUCUUCAGCUGGUGCGAGGCCGAGGCGAAGAUCUACAAGAAGCGGCUGCCCGACGCCGCAGGAAACAAGUUGGUGGAGGACCUCCGCCUGAUCCUGUUGAAGAACAUCUCCCAGGCGGCCAUCAAGCUGAAGCACUGGACCGAUGCGCUGAGGGCCGCAGAUGAGGCGCUGGAGAUCGACGACGAGGACCACAAGUCCUGGUUUCGGCGCGCCUCUGCGCUGGAAGGCCUAGGGCGCGCCGCGGAGGCGGAGGAGGCCUUGGGCCGCGUGGAGAGCUGCGCCGUGGGCCGGGCGGACCGGGGCCGCGUCGCCCGCGACGUGGCGCUCCGCCGCGCCCGCCUCGCGGAAGACGCGCGGCGCCACCGCGCCACGGAGGGCGCGGCCUUCCGCAGGGCCCUGCGGCGGGGCGUCUUCGCGCACGAGGUGGAGGACGAGGAGGCGGAGCUGCGGCAGCUGGAGGAGGAGCUGCGGAUGCUGGACGCGGCCGAGAAGUCGAAAGCGGAUGCGGAGGUGGAGGCACGCUUCGCGGUGGGCGAUCGAGUUGUGGCCACCACUGGCCUGGGCGACGUGACUGUGGGCACUGGUGGCGUGGUGCAGGAGGUGGACGGCGAUGGGGAUGUCAAGGUGCUCUUUGAUGGCGAGGAGGAGGCGCAGCUGAUCUUCAGCGUUGAUUUUGAGAACUUGGCAAAGGAGGGCGCUGCGGCGUCCUUCGCGGAGGACGCCGCGUCUUGCGCUCCGCGGGAAGAUGAGCCCCUCCUCCUCACGCUUGAGGGCGCCAGUGACUUGUUGGAUGCCUUGGCCUCGGCCUAUGAGGAUCCCGGGGUCCAGCAGCAGCUGAGGAAGCUCUGCCGAGACGUGAAAUGGAGUGCGCGGGAGUUCACCCAGCUGUUGCCCAAGGUGGCGUUGGAGGCGCAGCGCGGGGUGCUGCCGCGCUGGGGCUUUGGGGGCUCCGAAGGCGCCCGCCACGCGGAGAAGGCGCUGCAGCAGGCCAAAGACUCGGCGGCUUUGGCGCAGCGACAGUUUCUGGAGCAGCAGUCGGAGAGGGUGACCAGGCUUCUCUUUGGCGAGAUGUACGAGGUCGUUUUCAGACACUCUGACUGA